CUGCUCCUGCAGCAGAAGAAGCCGCCGAAGCUGAGAGCAAACAGAAUUCGACGCUUCAGCUCAAAGACUUCGGUUCCAAGAAGAUUCCGGUUAUCAAAGAGUUCGCGCUAUUACAGGGCUCGGGUUGAAGGAAGCGAAAGAGAAAGUCGAAUCCGCCCCCAGUCGCCAUUCAAGAAGGCGUUGCAAAGAGGAAGCCGAGAAAACGAAAGAACAACUCGAAGCCCUCGGUGCCACAGUCGAAAUUAUAUAGACGGAACAUACCGUCUUAUGUCACAGACAGCGCGCUCUUAA